CCGGGGAGCCCCGGUAGGCGGCUGGUACGGGCGCGCGCACGCACGCUCCCCCUCCCCUCCCCUCCCCUCCCUUGUUGAAGGGGGCCGCCCUCUUAAAGGGCCCGCGUCAGGCAUGGCGGGGCCCGGCGGGCCCGACGGGGCGGCGGCGGCCGCCGGUCCGUGAUGGCGCCUGGGCGCUCCCCCGGCAGCAGCGGGCCCGAAAUGGCGGGCGGGGUUCGGGCGGCGGGGGGUGUCCCGGCGCAGAGCGUGUGCAUGGUGUCGGACUUCUUCUACCCCAACAUGGGUGGCGUGGAGAGCCACAUCUACCAGCUGUCGCAGUGCCUGAUCGAGCGGGGCCACAAGGUGCUGGUGGUCACCCACGCGUACGGCGGCCGGCGGGGCGUGCGGUACCUGACCAACGGGCUGAAGGUGUACUACCUGCCCCUGCGGGUGAUGUACAACCAGUCGACGGCCACCACCCUCUUCCACAGCCUGCCCCUGCUCCGCUGCAUCUUCGUGCGGGAGCGGGUGACCGUGGUGCACGCGCACAGCUCCUUCUCGGCCAUGGCGCACGACGCGCUCUUCCACGCCAAGACCAUGGGGCUGCGGACGGUGUUCACCGACCACUCGCUCUUCGGCUUCGCCGACGUCAGCUCGGUGCUCACCAACAAGCUGCUGACCGUGUCCCUCUGCGACACCAACCACAUCAUCUGCGUCUCCUACACCAGCAAGGAGAACACGGUGCUGCGAGCGGCCCUGGACCCGCGGAUCGUCUCCGUCAUCCCCAACGCGGUGGAUCCCACCGACUUCACCCCAGACCCCUCCAGAAGGGACGACAGGACCAUCACGAUCGUCGUGGUCAGCAGGCUUGUUUACAGAAAAGGUAUAGAUUUGCUUAGUGGUAUAAUUCCUGAGCUCUGUCAGAAGUAUCCGGAGUUACAUUUCGUAGUUGGAGGAGAAGGACCAAAACGAAUCGUACUGGAAGAAGUCCGGGAAAGAUACCAGCUACACGACAGGGUGCGUCUCCUAGGAGCCUUGGAACACCAGGAUGUUAGAAAUGUUCUAGUCCAGGGACACAUUUUUCUCAACACUUCCCUCACUGAAGCCUUUUGUAUGGCAAUUGUGGAAGCAGCAAGCUGUGGCUUACAGGUUGUGAGUACAAAAGUUGGUGGAAUUCCUGAGGUGCUUCCAGAAAACCUCAUUAUUUUAUGUGAACCCUCUGUGAAAUCAUUGUGUGAUGGUCUAGAAAGGGCUAUUGCCCAGCUCAGAUCGGGAACACUACCGUCUCCAGAAGCUGUUCAUAAUAAAGUAAAGACAUUCUAUACAUGGAGGGAUGUAGCAGAGAGAACUGAAAAAGUAUACGAGAGGGUUGCAGGUGAAAAGGUGUUACCAAUGAAUGAGCGACUUGACAGACUAAUAUCUCACUGUGGCCCAGUGACCGGGUAUAUUUUCGCUCUUUUAGCUGUUCUGAACUUCCUCUUCUUGGUGUUUCUGAGGUGGAUGACUCCAGAUUCCAUUAUUGAUGUUGCAAUAGAUGCCACAGGUCCUAAAGGUGCAUGGACUAAACAGUAUUUUUCUGGGAAGAAAGGAAGAAUUAAAGAAGAGCCUCCGAUCUCUUAGAAUGCUCCAAUGGAGAGAAAAAAUGCAUCAGUUCCUAACGGUUUUAAAGCUUGCUGUUGAAGACAUUACUUUUCAAAUUCUACAGUUUCUUUCUGAAGUUCUUUGAAAGAAACUUGGUUAAAUGUGCUACCUCAAUUUAGGAUUAUGUUUUAAUUUAGUUUUGGAUUCUUAAAAGUAUAUGGACAUCUCUUUUGCACUUAAAGCUGGGGGGAGAACGUGGAUUUUUACAAGUCAAGAGUCUUUGAGACAAAAAUAUUAGAUUUUUCUCUAGAAGUUGAAUAGUACAGACAGUGAGUGUAAACUUAUGUGAUAUUUGGAAAAGCAAAACACAAAUUACAUUAGUUUACAGUAGUCCCUGUCAAUUCCUGAUAUUUACUGUGAUUUUUGAGACCUAUUUAAAAAAAUUAAAUACUGAACAAAACAUACCUUUUCUUUCCUAAGACGAAAAUGACAUUUGAAGGUAGUCAUACUAAGAAAUUCCACAGUAAUAAUUAAUUUACUGUAAAUUCAUUAUUACCAUGGAAACUUCAGAGACUUAGUUCCAGCAGUUGUGUCCCAGUGACAAUGUUUUGCAUGCACAGUAAUAUUAUUUUGAAGUUUGCCCCUAAUGAAAAUUAGAUCCUUCUGUUGCCAAAUCAAAACUCCAUAAAAAACUUCUGAUAUUUUCGUCACAAUAUCCUGUUAACUAACACAUAUGAAAGUGAGGUAAAGCUUAUGUCUUUUUUUAAUGUACCUAGGUGGCUUUUGUAAACAUACGUAGGUGAAGGAAGGAUAUUAAUUAGAUUAAGAUGAUAAUAAUUAGCCUUCAGAAUCAGCUCAGGCCUGAAAACACCUCCAGCAGAUUAUGCCAAAGUAUGAAGUAGUGUGUGUGUGUGUGUGUGUGUGUGUGUAUCUGAAUAUGAGAGAGAAAUCUGUGAAGGGCUUAACAAGCCUCAACAAGCACCAUCGUAUUCUCUCUGGUGUUUUUCGUCCCUUUUUUUUUUUUCCUCCCUUCUCCUUUUGUUCCCCUGCUUUUGACUUAAAUGGCAUUUCAGUCUCUCUGGGAGGGACAGUGUUUAGUGUGCAUGAUUUCACCUAGACCACACCAGAGACACUGUCAGACAGGUCCUGCCAGUUAAAUCUGGGGAAGGCAUCCCUUAAAUGGAAGUUACCAACAGAUAGGCUUUUCUUGAGGGG